AUGUAUCGAAACCGCGUAUAUCCAGUACAAGCUGGUGCCUCCGCUCCUGCUCCCGCCCCUCCUGUGCUGCUGCCUGUGUGCAGGCACACACACGGAGGGGGCACGGGGGCGAGAGAGGCACCAGGCGCACCAGGCACUCUCACAGCCACGGCCGCACACGCGAUCUUCCACAGAGUGUCACCUCUGGGUGCAAGCCUUGCUGUCCCUGCCCCGCGCUGCCGGCGCAAGCAGGGGUAUGGGAGGGUGAGCAGGGGGAGUGCGGAGGCGGGGAGGGGUGCGUGUGUGCUGCUGCAGCAGUCCUCUGAGGGACAGAAGCCACUUGGCGUGCUCCCAUUGGCCCGAGUGCCUUGGGUGCUGAAAGCGGCAGGGGAGAUGAGAAUAGAGCCGUUCGAUUUCUCCACUCCUUCACCCGAUGAUGCCAUCCAAUCCGCCCUGAAAGGAGGACACGUGGCACCACGUGCUGCUGCCACGUCAGCAGCCUUGCCAGCUUCCUCGGCUGCAACGACAGCAGCGAAAAACGCCAACAGCAGCAGCAGCCGCGCGUCCAGCUCAGCAUCCCCUGCUGCUGACGUGGCAGCAGCAGGCGUUGGCAAGAUUCAGAUUACAGAAGGAAGCAAGAAAGAAGCUUCACCCAGUGCUGGCUUUAGCACAACUGCUACAGCUGCUACAGCCACAGCAGCCGCUGCAGGGGUGGGAGAGGGAGGAGGGGAGGGCAAGGGAGGGGAGGAUGAAGAGACGAGGAGACGGAAAGCUCUAGAGGCGUAUGAGGCGGAGGGGUGGAUUAAAGAGGGGUUGGAAGGAGGAGAUGGAAAGCCGACUCUGCACCUUAUUGUGCUGGGUCACGUGGAUGCGGGGAAAUCGACCAUCAUGGGCCACCUGUUGCACAAGCUGGGGCGAGUGAGCAACAAGGAGAUGCAUCGAGUGCAGAGAGAUGCGGCCAACCAGGGCAAGGGAUCAUUCGCGUUUGCAUGGGUGCUGGACGAGAGCAGCGAGGAGCGGGCGAGAGGGGUGACCAUGUCCGUGGCCAUGUCCCGAUUCGAAACCCCAAAGCUGAACGUGGUUCUGCUGGAUGCGCCCGGUCACAGAGACUUUGUGCCGUCCAUGAUUGCCGGCACUGCGCAGGCUGAUGCGGCCCUUCUAGUAAUCGACGCCACGCCAGGCGCGUUCGAGGCGGGUAUGGGAGGGGGCCAGGGGGGAGAGGACGUGGGGCAGAGCAAGGAGCACGCGCAGAUCGCCAGGAGCCUGGGGGUGGAGCAGCUGUGCGUGGUGGUCAACAAAAUGGACGCUGCCGGGUUCGAGCAGGGCGAGUUUGAGCGGAUCAAAGGCGUGCUGGGGCCGUUCCUGACCCGGCAGUGCGGGUUCCGGGAGGGUGGAGUGCGGUGGGUGCCCCUGAGUGGGCUGCAAGGGGAGAAUCUGGACUCGGCUCCGACCGACGACCGGCUGAAGAAAUGGUACACAGGUCCCACACUCCUAGAAGCCGUUGAUUCCUUCUCCCCCCUGCCCCGCGCCCUCAACCGCCCCCUGCGCCUGGCGAUAGCCGAAGUGCUCAAAACGAGAGGGCUGGGGCAGGCGGGUGUGGCGGGGAAGGUGGAGUGCGGAGCGAUGCGACCCGGUACCAAGGUCCUGGUAAUGCCAGGCUCCUUCCAGGCAUCUGUUAAAGCCCUAGAGAGGGACGAGUCACCGGUGGCAGCAGCAUGGGCGGGGGAGAGCGUGGACGUGGGGCUUCAGGGCGUGGAGGCCAAUCAGCUGCUGCCAGGUGGCGUGUUGUGCCACCCGGACUACCCCAUCCCUGUAGCUACUAGGGUGGAGGCGCGCCUUCUCACUCUCGACCUCAAGAUCCCUUUGCUUAGGGGCACCAACGCCAUUCUGCAUGCGCAUGCAGCCAAGGAGGCGUGUCGCAUCGCGACUCUCACAGCCAUUCUCGACGCCAAGACGGGAGCUGUUGCUAGAGCCAAGCCCAGAGCCGUGGGGUCCAACCAGAGUUGCAUUGUGGAGUUGUCUCUGGACCGGGGCGUGUGCCUGGAAGCCUACUCAGACUUCCGUGCGUUUGGCCGCAUCGCUCUGAGAGAGGGCGGCCGCACGCUGGCGGUUGGAAUCAUCAUGAGGAUUCUUGCCACGUCUGCAACGUAA